CACGACUGCCCUAUACACGUUACGACUUGGACCCCGCAUGUCCGAUGCGACAAAGAAGCAACCUCUAAAGCCCAAGAUUCUCCAGAUGCCCCACCACCCACCUGCGCCUUCUGUCGGCCAGGCAAGCCUCGCAGCCGCCGCAGACGCACCACCUCCUCAAGCGCCCUCUCUCCUCGAGUUCGUCAGCACCGUGCCCCCACCCCUCGCUGCGGAGCUCAUUGCGCUCGCGCCGUACAUCCAUGCGUUCAAGCGCUUCGUGCAGAUUCUUAGUUGGCAGACGACGUGGGACGAGAGCUGGCUCAUGGUCGCCUCUUGGUGGGCGUUUUGUCUCCUUUCCGAGCCGCUCCUCAGGUACUUUCUACCCAUAGCCCUCGUCUUUGUCCUCGUCGUCCGCCGCUGGACAGCCUCGGCGCACCGCCCGCCCUUGAGCUCGUCCAACUCCGGAGCAUCCUCGACAUCCGUCGCCUCCGAAGCGACCAUCCAAGGCCUCACCGCCGACCUCGCCUUCAUCCGCUCUGUCCUCCUCUCCACUCCCUCCCUCACCCUCUUCUCCUCGCCUUCGCUCACCGCCCCCACGAUCCUACGCGUCGCCCUCCUGCUCUACGCGCCCUACCUCAUCCUCACGUACUUCGUGCCCCUCCGCAUCGUCGUCGGCAUCGCCGGCACACUGCUCCUCUCGCACCGCGCCCGGUGGGCACGCACAAUCCACAGCACCCUCACGCGCUCCGCACACGUCCGCUGGGCCACCUACCGCGCCUGGUCCGCGCUCAGCGGUGUCCCCCUCCCGCCACCCACAUCGCCCGCACGACCGCCUUCAUCCAUCACACUGUCGUCCUUCACCGCCUCCGACAGCAGCAGCCGCCCAGCCUCAAUCGCCCUCGCCGCAAACGACGCAAACAGCGUAUCGCCCGCGCCGCCGCUGCGCUUCCUGUUCACGGUGUACGAGAACCAGCGGUGGUGGAUGGGGCUCGACUUUACGGCUGCGCUGCUCCCGAACGAGCGCCCGGCGUGGUGCGGCGCGUCGCACGAGCCGAUGGCGCCGCCGGCGGGGUUUGCGCUGCCAGGUGAGACGGUGUCGUAUGUGUAUGCGGACGAGGCGGUUGUGCGUGCUGCGCAGGCGCAACACCACCAAGAUCGAGAGAGAGAACGCGGGAAGGGGAAGGGGGGCGGGAAGGGUGACAGGACGCCGCCUGCGAUCGAGUGGCGCGCGCGCGUGAAGCGCACGGCGAGGUGGACGUGGGACGAGCCCGAGUGGCGCGUGGUGGUGAGGCGGGAGGGCGCGUCGGCUGCGUCUGAUAGUUCGUCGGGCGUGAGGAGGGUGGAGAAGACGCCGCCGCGGGACGAUGGGGGGGCGCAGGAGGGGACGGCGCUGAAGAUGCUGCGCGCGGCGCGGGGGAGGGAUUCGUCGAUAGGCGGGGGAGGGGCGGGGGAGAGUCCGGAGCGGGGAAGGGCGGGCGGGGCGGAUGGGGACGGGGCGGAGAGUUUGGAGAUGGGGGUGCAGGAGGGCGAGAUUGAGGAACCGAUGACGGAUGCGGAGGGGUGGGUGUAUGGGGAUAAUAAGUGGGAGGGUGCGAGCAGUAAGGGCGGGAUGGGCAAGUACACGCGCUACCGCCGCUGGACACGCAUUGCGCUCCUCACCGAGACCGUCGAGCUCGUCGGACCCGGGCCCGUCGGGAUCUUCAGGGGCGGCACCGACCCAUCACCAUCUUCCCCCGUCUCAGCCACAUUCUCCGCAUCGCCAUCCGUCUCUACCUCGUUUCCUCCAUCGGCAGCCGCAUCGCCUAAUAGACCCAUCCCAUCCACGUCCGCGACGCUCAUGUCGCCCGGGAGCACCGCCACCCCCGAUUUUUCUUUCUCGGGCGGAACGGCGAGCGGGACGGUGAUGUCGCCGACGUCGCCCGCGCGGUCCGGGCGGUCUGUGAGUCCGUCUGGGUCUACGUUGUCGAGUGGGAGUGUGGGGGUGAGGGAUAGUGCGUCGUAUGCGACUGCGGGCGAGGAGGCGCAGGGUGGUGGUGUGAAUGACAAGGAGAAGGAGAAGGAGGGGAAGAGCGGGGGUGCGAGGAAUAUGUUGAGGCAGCGGUUGAAGGCUGUUGUGGAUGGGUCGGGGCAUUAGGUCUAGGGAUGGGUGGUGGAUUUUUGACGUUUUGAGGUUCGAGGCGUAUUGUAAGUGUGAUACGGCAUGUCGGUUUGUCUUGUGUUUUGUUCUUCAUGUUUACGCGCUAUAAUGACCACAUUUACGCUAUAUAGCUAUUAUCGCGCUCGUCUGUCUUGUUUUGUUGCG